AUGUCUGGUUCUGAUGGCGCACGCUCUCUACGUAAAUCCUCCACGGCCUCGAGAACUCCCUCAUCGUCUCCGCUUCCGUCUUUGUCGCUGACCAGGGAUCACAUCACUGAGGCUCUUUCAAAAUCACCCGAUGGAGGCGCAACAUUGGACCUUGCCUACAAAGGGCUUACCGACGUCGGAGAGUCGGGAGUAGAGGAACUCGCUUCAGUAGGCACGGAUGAGGAUGGAGAUGACCUCAUGGACAGCCCUGUAGUGCGAAUCGCGCUCGCACAUAAUAGACUUACGGCCCUGCCCAUGGCCUUUUCUUUACUCUCACGCCUGCGUUAUCUGGUACUGAAGAACAACAAUUUUUCGAUCUUCCCCGACGUUCUCACUGUGCUGCCAUCGCUCGAGAUCCUGGACAUUAGCCGGAACAAACUCAAGAGUCUACCCUCCCAGCCCGGCUCGUUGGUUAACUUGCGUGUGUUCUCCCUCACACGAAACAAACUCCAGAGACUUCCGCCAUACCUAUCCAAGUUUAAGCAGUUGACUCUGCUGAAGGUGGACCAGAACCCAUUGCAAUGGCCGAAUCAAUCAAUCCUGGAAUUCAAAAGAAAUCCUAGCGACCCUCAAGCUAUGGCAGACUGGAUACACCAUCUACAGUCAUGGCUAGAGGAACACGCGUCGGAGCCUGGAGAACGGAAGCUCAGUGAUGACUCAAUGACCAGUGAGAUCAGCAACGAGUCGUCAUUUUUGGACCCACUGCGCGGAGACCGAACACCAUCCCUUCAUGCCGAGUCAAUCUUGCAUUCUCGCUCUGUGUCCAUGGACUCCGAAGCCUCCUCGUUUUUGCAUACACGAUCUCGCUCCCCUGGUCCGCCUCGUGGUCCCGUCGACGAAGCUCCCCGUCUGCAUCUCGACCACUUCUUCUCCCAUUUGUCAUCGGCGAAAAGUGCCACACCUUCUCCUAGAUCCCCAGAAGCCGUGACUUCUCCUAUCGACGACCCUCCGUAUUCCAACGGUGUACAUGCGGGGCAUGCGCGCUACGCCUCAUCGAACGCCUCGGUAAAUGGCAAUGGGUCUACUAAAGUCCUGCUAAGGAGUAAUCCUGCUGUCAAGAAAAGCAUGACUGAUCUUAGACCUACCCGUUUGCAUGGCCUCAGCGGUAUUCCACGCGCUGCCACUCAUGGCACUGAUCAUUUCCCCAUUUUCCACCAUCAUCUACCUCACAACUCCAUUACGGACGAACCGGUGCAUGCAUCACCAAUCUCUAUCAACCAAGUAGCUCCCUCCAUGGACACUGAACGCAACUCAUAUUUCCGAAGAUUAUCCACCCUCUCGGCCGCCACCCUCUCGAAGGCCAUUCCAGACUCCCUGCUGGCAGUUGUUGACGCUGUUCGAGGCAUUCUUUUCGCUCUCUCUCAAAUCUACCAGUCUCUGCAGCACUACACCGUCUACGCCAUCGAUGAACGCCUGUCAGCGGUGCUACAGAAGGUCUUGGGUCCGGCCGCGCAUUAUAUGUCACAACUCAUCCACACGCUCGACCGCUUUGAUGCAGUUAGCAGACGUGCGCUACCAAGCCCACCCAUUUGUCGCAUGGUGAUAGAAUGUUGUCGAGACAACGUCACAAUAUUUGGUAAAGCUGCCGGAAUGCUCUCACUACAGCUCAAGGUUCUGGCGAAACACGACGAUGAACGUUACACACGACAGAUGCUGCUUGUACUUUAUGGGGCGAUGUCAGAGAUCGCAGCCGCGUGGCAAUCGAUGUCGACGCACGUCGACGCGAUACGCCCAUAUCUCUCCGACCAGCGUCCACCUCCCUCCAAAUCAUACGGCGGGAAACCACGGACGAACGGCAUUGUCACUGGAGACAAGCCACGAACACCGUCUUCUGCACCCCCUGCCACCUCAUCGCCGUUCCUUCCCGGUCAACCAGAAACUCCACAACGUUUUCACCUCCGCACCAACACCCAGCGCUCCUUGGACUUGGGCAAGAUCCACAUCAGUCGACGACAUGCGGGCUCUUUCAGUUCCAAAGACGUCGAGAUUGGCAAGCUGCUCCCGUCCUACAUUGACCCUCCCCCGUCACUCCCUUCAGGAUUCAGCUCGAAUGGCGCCUUCCAACAAACCACUCCCACGCCUUCUGUCCGGACCAUGCGUCGACUAGUCCUUCCGGGCCAGCAGCAGUCACAGGAGAUUCAACUCGGGGGUCACUCACGACACGGUUCUCAAACGUCCCUUCUCAGCAACUCUACCUCUUCUCCGCAACUCAGUGGUCUAUCCGUCUCGGGUACGAGCACGCUUGUCGACAAGGAUCUUAUCGGUGCAAUGAAGGCCGCGGUAGAAGCAGCACCAGAGAUAUGGGAUAUGAUGGACGAGGUUCUCGACGUGGAGGCUUCAGAUGCAGACGACGACUUCCGCGAUAUGCUCGCGCGAGCAAAGGCCGUGACGGAGCGUCUGCGGAGAAGUAUCGCUGCCGUUCAGGAAGGGGGUUUCUCGCAAGUGGCGGAUGGGAAGGCGUUGCACGACGACGCGCAUUUAUUCGUGAAGACUGUCAUCCAGCUGUCUCGCGCCCUGAAGACGCGCGGCACUGUCCCCAGCGCGACGCCCGCCGCCUCCAUUGCGAACGGCGCGACCAGCGCGAGUACACCGACACCGCCGCCGCUCUCCUCGACGCUCCGCACGAAGAUGGUCCGGCUCACGAACGCGACGCAGGAGUUCGUCAUGCUCCUGCACGUGUCCUCGUUCUCCCCCGCGCCGACGCCCGGCCUCCGCUCACACUCGCCCAUGGUCGGCUUCAUGAACGGAGGCCUCACGCCGCAGCCACCGCUAACGCCUAUGCCCAUGUCCUCGCCCUCCUUCCUCGACGAAUCGCGCCUCGGCUCCAACCUCUCACGCGCCCGGAGCGCCAACGCUGUCGGGAUGAAGGUUUAA